CUAUAUAUGUCCAGCUCCUUCAAUACACCACUUCAGUCUUCAGCAAACACUGGACACUCAAUUCUUGACCAUUCUAAACAGAGAUCCAAGGAGUAGCCGUUAACGAUGGCUUCCGCCAAGCUCGAAGAGGCCGUCGAGCCCAAGAAGAAGAGCAACGUUAAGUAUGCCUCCUUCUGCGCCAUCCUCGCCUCCAUGGCCUCCAUCAUCCUUGGCUAUGACAUUGGGGUGAUGAGCGGAGCGGCACUGUACAUCAAGAAGGACCUGAAGAUCACGGACGUGCAGCUGGAGAUACUCAUGGGGAUUCUGAACGUCUACUCGCUCAUAGGGUCCUUCGCGGCCGGCCGGACGUCCGACUGGAUCGGCCGCCGCUUCACCGUUGUUUUCGCCGCCGCCAUCUUCUUUGCGGGCGCGCUGCUCAUGGGCUUCGCCGUCAACUACGCCAUGCUGAUGGCGGGCCGCUUCGUGGCCGGCGUCGGGGUGGGCUACGCGAUCAUGAUCGCGCCCGUGUACACCGCCGAGAUCUCGCCGGCGGCGGCCCGCGGCUUCCUCACGUCGUUCCCCGAGGUGUUCAUCAACAUCGGCAUCCUGCUCGGCUACGUGUCGAACUACGCGUUCGCGCGCCUCCCGCUCCACCUCAGCUGGCGCGUCAUGCUCGGCAUCGGCGCCGUGCCGUCCGCCCUGCUGGCCCUCAUGGUGUUCGGCAUGCCCGAGUCGCCCCGGUGGCUCGUCAUGAAGGGACGCCUCGCGGACGCCAGGGCUGUGCUGGAGAAGACCUGCGACACGCCAGAGGAGGCCGCGGAGCGCCUAACCGACAUCAAGGCGGCGGCGGGCAUCCCCAAGGAGCUCGACGGAGACGUGGUCACCGUGCCCAAGGAACGAAACGGUGAGACCCAGGUCUGGAAGGAGCUCAUUUUGUCCCCAACCCCGGCCGUCCGACGCAUCCUGCUCUCGGCCGUCGGCCUCCACUUCUUCCAGCAGGCUUCCGGCAUCGACUCCGUCGUCCUCUACAGCCCGCUUGUGUUCAAGAGCGCGGGCAUCACCGAUGACAACAAGCUCCUGGGCACCACCUGCGCCGUGGGCGUCACCAAGACGCUCUUCAUCCUGGUGGCCACGUUCCUGCUUGACCGCGCCGGCCGGCGACCUCUGCUGCUGACGAGCACGGGAGGGAUGGUCAUCUCGCUCAUCGGCCUCGGGACGGGGCUCACCGUCGUGGGGCAUCACCCGGACGCCAAGAUCCCCUGGGCCGUUGCCCUGUGCAUCCUGUCCAUCCUCGCCUACGUGUCGUUCUUCUCCAUCGGGCUCGGGCCCAUGGCGUCGGUGUACACCUCGGAGAUCUUCCCGCUGCGGGUGCGAGCGCUGGGGUUCGCGGUGGGCGUGGCAAGUAACCGCGUUACCAGUGGCGUGAUCUCCAUGACGUUCCUGUCCCUGUCGAAGGCCAUCACCAUCGGCGGCAGCUUCUUCCUCUACUCCGGCAUCGCCGUGCUCGCGUGGGUGUUCUUCUUCACCUACCUCCGGGAGACUCGCGGCCGGACGUUGGAGGAGAUGGGCAAGCUGUUCGGCAUGGAAGAUACAGACAUGGCUGGAGAAGAGAACGCAGCUGCCAAGGAGAAGACGGUGGAAAUGCGCACGAGCUAGAUGCGAAUCAUGAAACAGCUGCCACAGCGUCAUAAUGCUCAGUUCAGAGAGCAUGGCUGAGGAUGAAGUAGCGUGGCAAGAUUCGCCAACCAUAGGUGGUGCAUCAGCCUUCAGGACAGCGACGGUGAGGUCCAAUCCAAAGACUGGUUCGUGGUGACAUCAAUUUUCUUCUGCCCUUUUGUUUGUCCCCGUUCGUCGUGUACCAGAGUAUGUGUGAACGUGCGAUGGAGUGAAUUAUUGGUGUCAACUUCGCGCGUGCUUUGCAAAUUGUUCUUCCUUCUCAAGUAAAUAAAAGCCCCCAGGUACCCCAAA